UUUUUUGUUAUUCUUUAGUUAUUUAAAAGCCAUAAAGGAAUUUUAAUCGUACCUCACUUCCUUCGUUCUUAUUUUUUCUUUUGAAUAAUCCCAGUUUUCCAAUCCAAUCUCAGCUCUCCGUCUCUCUUCAUUUUCACACUCUCUCAAGUUGCUUCGCUUUUUGCAGAUCGAAUCCUGAAAUUGAACUUGGAUCUCUAUCGGAACAAGAAAAUCAGUUGUCUCUUUUAACAAAAUCAAAAUAAUGGGUCAAAUUCAAUACUCUGAGAAAUACUUCGAUGAUACUUACGAAUACAGGCAUGUUGUUCUUCCUCCUGAAGUGGCCAAACUUCUCCCUAAGAGUCGCCUCCUCUCUGAAAAUGAGUGGCGUGCGAUUGGAGUACAGCAGAGUCGUGGUUGGGUCCAUUAUGCUAUUCAUCGUCCUGAACCACACAUCAUGUUAUUCAGGAGGCCUCUUAACUAUCAGCAGCAGCAGGAGAAUCAGGCUCAGCAAGCUAUGCUUGCCAAGUAAUUAAAAUAGCUUUUGGUAUUUUGAAAGAAAAAGGGAGGAAAACCCGAAUAUGGUUAUAUCUGCAUAAACAGUUUGGAUGUUAUGGAAUUCCUGGAUUGUUUUCUAUUAUAUAGUUCUCUAUUGUGGAGAAUUACCAUGUUUAGGCUGGUUGCUUCUUACUGUCUUUUCUGAUGACCUAAUGUAUGUCAUUGGUACUCUCUGCAUUCUUAGAUGUAUAAUUAAAAUGCUAAAAGUUUGUGUUGAA